UCUUGCCUUGUCAUCAACGGUUUUCUCCGACCCACGAGUUCAUCUGGGAGUUCAUGCGGGAAAACACCGUGCAAUUAUCGAUCGACAGGAAACAAACCCGGGCCGUACUAUGUAUAGCGAGAAAGCCAAGCAAGGAUGAGGUCACAAUUGAGAGAACCUCGCGGCUUGUGAUGACGGCAUGGUUUGUUUUUAGCCGGUCGAAGACAAGUCUGACAACCUUCCUAGUUCGGAGGUUGAUGACGGGAUUCCCAAGAAGAACAGCCGAAACAGCGCGACCUCGACAGUACGGAUAGAAACACGAUGGCUCUGCCGCGAUGACAGGUUUCCCACAGGGCUGGGGCUGUCUGUGCCAAGUCUAUCGAGUCUGUCGAAAACAACGCGUUUCCUUGUUCAAAGACGGCCGGAGACCGACCCCAGCCGUGCCCAAAAGCCACCAGAAACUGUCUCGCAUGAGCACGCCAACAGCGAGAUUGUGGUCGACAGUCCAAUCUCCCCAUAAGACUCAACAGGGAAUCCAUCCAACAAGCAAAAAAGAAGCAAUUCUGGAUCACGGAAACCAAGCACACCAAGCAAACUUUUCAGAUCUGAACCAGGGGGAGAAUCCCACCCUCUGCAUGCCAGGCACCGCCAGGAGAAAGCAGUCUGGGCCCUGGGCCGUUCGCACCGCAAUCUCAAACUGCAGCCGCCAUUGGGCCAGGGCCGGCGUGCCUGGCCCGAGCUGGGCUCGCCCCUGUCGGUGCGUGUCCACUGCCGAGAUGAGACACCAGGAACCGCGUUCGGCCCGCUUUCUUGAUUGGGCAGCUACUCCAGGGCGGACAUGGGGUUCCAUCACGCCCGAUCCUCCUGUUGGCCCGGCCGCUGUCCCCCCAAGUCGUGCCCCGGAGAAAUCAUGGAGCAAGGCCUGGAGGUCUCAGUCAAAGCUGGGCAUCGCGCCUUUUUCUCUCUCCACACACCAUUGACUUCCUCACCGUCGUUCUGGGGUUGUUCAGAACGUUCUCUCUUUUCUUCCUCUUCGACGCUCGUUUCGCGAUCCUCUCGCUUGAUAUCCUCGACGCUGUAGACGUCAUAGUAACAUUCGUUCAUACCCUUCGCCCACGGACUCAUCGACGACUCAGCGAAAUUAUACUGGU